CACUCACAGGGAGUCUGGGAAGCAGGCUGGGUGAAAACUGGGGAGCUUACGACAAGCACGUCACGGCCACAGAGGACAGGAACUGGAGCAGUCGAGAUCACCAUGAUCACUGGUAACUAAUACUUGCACUUUCGCUUCGUUCCUUUCGUCAGACAGAAGGACACCUCGAUGGAGCUAGCGUGCUAGUACAUAAUCAUUGUAGGUCCACGAGUAUCAUCAGGUCAACGACCUGGUCAGUUUCACACCCGCCGCCGAUGAUCCAGGUUAUGUAGCUGUGUGAUAUGCUGGCACUGGGAUUACUGAGAGCACUGCUAUUCGCACACAUAACCCGUAGUACUUCAUACUCCCCAGUUACAGUCAGAACUGUACAUCUCUGACACACUGGAACAGUGGAAGCGGCAUCCCGGUCGCAAGUCCAUAUCCCAGUGCAUUGUAGUGGCAAGAACGAUUGUGAUAGCUGAGUUGUGAAGAGAACGACCAUUUUGUGACUUGCAACCGCUUCCGUCGACGCGUCCUGUCUUGUUGCUGCUCAAGCCUAGCGGUCGGAAGUUGAAAGCGAAGCUGAAAGUACCGCUAAGAUCUUAGCACAGACCCUGGAGAGAGUGAGAGAGAUUGUACUUCCUCUACACCGAUGGGAAUCUACCGAUUAGGAUCGAACAAGUGAAAACAGAGCGAUUGCGGAGGAGGGCGAUUGUCAUCCAGUGCAAGAAGUGUGUGACAGUGUGAAGAGGUGGAGAGGUGAUAACAAUGUUGCUGAGUACCAGCGUGCCAUUUCACCGCAGAACAGUCACCACCUUAGCUGCCAUUCUGCUGGCAUGCUGCUGUAUUAAUCCACAACCAUGUCAUGCGACUAAGAACGAGGUACGCCAGAUCAAAAUCACCACGUCCGUUGGUCCAAGUCCCCUGUAUCCGACUCCCGACCUGCCAUGGAAUGUGGUGCAGCGAGGCCAGCAGGUCAAUGUCACGUGCACAGACGCGACUGCACCUCCCGCACAGCCCAUCACACUGCAGCAGAAUCACAUUGCGCUGACCAAGCGGCUGCAGAGUGUACGCGGUGCCAUGACAACUAUACACAAACAUGGUGUCACCCAGAUCACCAUAUCAAGUUUUGAUGAGGAGAACGAAGGUGACUACUCGUGUCUAUAUCAAACCUUCACCAAAGAAGUCACUAGCCAAUCCAUUCCACUGCUUAUGGCGCGUGGUCCUUCUGUGACCGUACCAGCAAUCACCAGGACAAGCAUCUCACAACCAGUUGAGCUGGUGUGCAGUGCGACCGGAGUGCCACCGCCGCGGGUUCAGAUUGUAGUCUUGACUACCGGACGGACGCUGGCCAAUCAGAGCCAGGCUGUCACGGGCGACCUGCAGCAUGGCCGCCAGGCGACUGUAGCCACGUGGCGGGAGGAGUACGCCACUCUAAGUGCAGACGGGCAGUACGCAUGUCUUGCUACUAAUGCUGUCGGCCAGCAGAGACAAGAGGCAAACAUCACCGUACAGUACCCGGCCAUUGUUCAAAGUCUCCAGCGAUCCCCGGUGGAACAUCCCGUGUCCGGACUGGACACCUUGGUACUCAGCUGCACGGCACAGGGAAAUCCCCUACCGUCAGUGUCAUGGUCGCUGAACCAGACUGACUACCCAGCUUUCCAUAGUGCCGCCGCGGCCGUCGGCAAUGCGGCCCUGCGCGAGAACGCCAGCGUUGAGACGAGCGUCGCUAGCGAUGAUCACAUGAUCACCAGCACACUCACCAUUCGUACACCGUUGCUUAGCAACAGUGGUGUGUACCGGUGCCGGGCUAGCAAUGUGGCCGGAGGCGGGGAGAGAUAUCAAAGUAUUGUUGUAAUCGUACCUCCAACUCCGCCGCGUGACUUGACAAUAGCACGUACUGGACUGACUGCCGUUACUCUCUCCUGGAAUGCACCGAGUUGGUAUGGCAACGCGGAGCAUGUCCUGUAUGAGGUGUCCAUAUACGUGCACAGUGACAUGCUGCAGCAGCCAGUGGGGCAGGACACAGGUGAACGUGGCUCUCUGUACCGAGUGGACAACAGGUCCAAUAUCCACUUCAAGCCCGGAUCAUCAGGGUUCGUGUCUGUAAUCUCCAACCUGGAUGUGAACACACGCUACGGGUUUUUGGUGAGAAGUCGGAACAGAGCCGGCCCUAGCCCGGACAGUGACUACAUACAGACACAGACUCUACCUGAUGCACCUCCAGCCCCGGUAAAUAUCACUAUCAAUGACAUCAUGUUUACAUCAUUCAACGUCACGUGGCAUAUUCCAGCAGUGCUGCAAAGCCAGGGGAAAUCAUCAGAAAUACAAUUUGUAGUUCGUAUGCGCCAGCGACCUCGGUCUGGCGAGGAAGGACACAUGUUCACAGAGGUAUGCAAGACCGAAGACUUCGGGUGUGAGGUGUCAGGUCUGCGCAAGGGCAUGACGUAUCAGAUAGUCAUGCAGGCAUUCAACCGAGGUGGCAUGGGUGCACCGAGCUCUAUCAUACCCGUAGUUACCAAGACAACAGUGACGUCAUCACCUAUCUGGCGAGGUGCACGCGUGACUGGCCUAGGGUCGGUACGUCUAAUGUGGCAGAUGCCAGAAGAUACAGGUGGUAGCGAGAUUCUCUAUUGGAACUUUGCUUAUCAGCUGAUUGAUGACAAUGCUAAUACUACUGCCACUCAGCAGACCAAGAUCGAAGCCGGUAUGCUGUUCUUCCCGGUGGUGGGUUUGAAGGAGACUGAGACCUACCAAUUUGACCUGUCAGCUACCAACAGAGCGGGAGAGAGUUUAUCAUCAGCUCUCUUCUUUACAAUGCCACAUAGAGAUGACCCAAGUCAACCUGAGUCAGCGGUAGUUCAACAAACAACCCGACAAUCAAUACUGCUAACCGUCGCUGAUCGAGACACUCUAGUAUCAUCGACAAAAGAGAAGGUUGCCAUGGGGAAAAUACCUGGUGACAUCACCAUUCUAGCUAAUGACAUCAUGCCAAGCACACAGGAACAGGAGUCAUACAUCAUUCGCUAUAAGCCCUCGUUCUCCGACAGCUGGAAGUCAAUUGAAGUUGUGGAUAAAUACUCUCCCGUGUGCUUGAAUCACCUACACGCUGACACGUCAUACGUCAUACAAACUGCACUGCAGAAAGAUGGAGACAUGUCCAUAUAUAGCAUCCCAGUCACCGCUCACACUGACCAUGAAGAUGCUGUGCCGGCUCCUGUUGUCGAGGCGCUCACGCACUCAUCCAUUGAAGUAGCCUGGCCUAUGUGUGGGCCACAUUGGGAGCCAUUCUCGAUACAGCUUCAUGAGGUAGUGUUCCGUGAUGUCGUUGGUGGAGCAAUGCCCUCUGCCUCUAUAAGGGAUUGGCACAAUGCCAGACGCAUUCAAACCACCAACCAGCCCGUCGUCAUUGACAACCUACGGCCCAGCUCCGUGUAUCAAGUGCGACUGGUGGUUCACUACCCCCAGACCGUCCGCUACUCGAAGAACGUCACUGUUGCCAUGCCAGCCGAGAGGCCGAGAGACGACACAUCAGGUGGCAGGGGCAAAGAUGGAACGUACAGCGUAUCAUCCAAGAUGUCCGUCGGUAUCAUUUCGUUUGCUGGUGGCGGCGGCUUGCUACUCGCUCUGGUGCUGGUCGUCGGUCUGCUGUUGUGGAGGAGAUAUCGUCUCAGGAGGGACAGCAUCAACAAAGCGUUUGUGAAUGUUCCUGGUGACACGGCUACGCCGGGAUGGACAUCUGACCACCUGAUGGUGACUAACCAGACAUCAUACAAUCCACACAGCGCUCGCACACCAAUGGAUGAAGUUCUGAACAAUGAGCUAGCCCUUACGGGGUCUCGGACACCCUCGUUUGUCGUCGCUUCCUACCGACCAUCUAUUAGUAAUUCAUUUGACGGGCGGCUAGAAACAGACACACCACACACAACGCCAGCAGCAGCAGCAGCAGCAGCAAUACCUCCAGUAGCAGCAGUAGCAGCAGUACCAGCAACAGCAACAUUGUCAUCCAUUUCUGACACGUCUUUCCCACCAGCACCGGUCGACACAGGAAUGCCAGCCAAGGCUGAUUUGGAGGCAGAACUCAGCUACGCCGUACUGAACCUAGCGACUCCGAGCAAUGGUGACAACACUGCAGUCCAUCGCACAGACAGCGAGACCGUGGAAUACGCACACAUUGCGCAGUGUCUAGUAAGCGAGACCACACCGCCCAAACUGCUCAGAACGGCAACGCAGGAGAGCACCGCGGCGUCCUUCAGCGAGAGCGAUGUUGAAGCCAGUCAUUACUAUGACCAGCCGGAAGCUUUUGAAGAUGUGAACACUGGCCAGCAACAGGGCUUUGAAGAAGUAGUGCAGGACACCAUCAAGGACGCCAUCUAGAUCACAUAUUUACUACAUGCUUUCUUCUUUUUCUUUUUUAACUAUAAGAGAUACAAGUUCAAUUCAGUGAAAACAAGUCUACAGGGGAAAUGAUUUAGUUGCAACUCCAUAAUAUCAUAGACGGCAAUAUCGACGAAAUUAUCAGGCAAAAAUCCAGUUUUCAAUGAAUUAUUUUCUAUGCUGUAUAUCAAGAGACAUUGUGUAUUCUUGUGCAGCAGGUUGUAAUACCGACUAUAAUACCUGCACGUAAAUGUGCUACAAAGCCAUGUCACACUGUACACACUGUACAUAACUCAUCUCCCUUUCCUUACACAGGAGAGCCCCUCGAUAGGCUUCUGCAGCCUUAAAAAUCAAUCAAUAACAUUAUUUAUGUCUGUGACAUGCAUUCUGUUGUACAGUACAGCAUCCCCUGACAGCGUUCAUUGCAACCCAACUGCUUGCCAAAACGAUUCUAGUAUAACAUUAAAAGCAGCUUAUUAUAUUUUUCAACUGUGCAAGUGUGUCGAUAGGUUUACGAGAAGUGCACCAGUUUUCUCCCCAUGUUCUCGAGCACAUCACGUUUUUGUUUAUCUGCACCCUGAGUCUCAGAAGCAUUUUUAUAGUUUAUCACUGAUAAGAUACUGUAUCCAUAUAAUUAUGAAUAACUUACGCUAUUAAUUUAAUUACAGUCAGUAUCGCCUAUAGCGUUGGUGUUUGAUUUUGAGCAUUUUAUCACUAUAAGCGAUAUAUUACUAUGA